AUGAACCAAAGGUUUAAUCUGCUAUUUUCUUGCUGUCCUCAGAAGCCACUGUCAGAUGGAACAGAUUCAUCCAUAUGCAGCACUGUGGAUUACAAACCACCUGAUCCUUUGGAGGAGAAAGCAGAAGGUGAAGAAAAUAUGGAGAAUGAUGAUCCAGAGGAAUGCUUCACUGAAGCCUGUAUUCAAAGGUGUCCUUGCCUUUAUGUUGAUAUCAAAACAGAAAAGGGAGCAAAGUGGUGGAAUCUUCGGAAAACACGUUUCAAAAUUGUGGAACACAAUUGGUUUGAGACUUUCAUUAUCUUCAUGAUUCUCCUCAGCAGUGGUGCCCUGGCUUUUGAAGAUAUCUACAUAGAACGCAGACAUACUAUUCGCACCAUCUUGGAGUAUGCUGAUAAGGUCUUCACAUAUGUUUAUGUUAUUGAGAUGCUGCUCAAAUGGGUAGCCUAUGGGUUCAAGGUCUACUUCACCAAUGCUUGGUGCUGGCUGGACUUCCUCAUUGUUGAU